AGUGAUUGGAAAAUAUCGAAGACGCGCACGCGCUAAUCCGAUGAUGGGUCUCCGUUACCGGGUUUUGUAAAAAAAAAAAAAAAAAAAAAAAAAAGAGAGAAGAAGAAGAAGAAAAAAAAGAGUAGGACCAGGGCGGGAGCAUCUUGAGCUCGCGCGCCGCGUCCCUUCCUCGCGAGCCUUUUGUGUUUCAAACUCUCAUAUCUCACAUAUCAAUAAUUCAAGCGCGCGCGAGAGAGAGCAGACGGAGCUCCCCCCCGCGCGCUAUGAGUUCUGCUGCCUUGUCACUCGUCCAGGGCCCCUACGCACCACCGACUCCCGCUAGACGCCGCUGAGAAGUGCAAAAAGAGGGAAAGAACAGGUAAAAAAAAAAAACAAAAACAAAAAAACCCUCGCAACUCGACCGGAGACACGGAGGUGACAUAUUGGUUUUCGAACAAAAAGGAGAGGCGCCUAAAAAUAACCCGUCUGGUUCCCCCUCCGAAAGACUCCGCGAGGGACAACGUGUCAGCUGCCGGCCAAUUAAACCCCAAACACGGAGUGUUAUCUAGUUGUAAAAGAAGCCUGCUCACGGUCCGUCGUGGGGACACUGGGAAACUCUUGCUACCUUACUUUCUGAGGGGGAUAGACCCGCGGUUUGAGGCGUGAAGACGACCGAACAAGUUCACCCGUCUGUCCCGGUAUGUUGGCGUUUUGCCUGCUGAGUGCCGUGUGGCUCGCGGCGAGCCCGGCUCGCGCUCAGAACGACACGGAACCAAUCGUCCUGGAGGGGAAGUGCCUCGUGGUGUGCGACUCCAACCCGACCUCGGACCCCACGGGCACGGCGCUCGGGAUCUCGGUGCGCUCGGGCAGCGCCAAGGUGGCGUUCUCCGCAGUCCGGAACACCAACCACGAGCCUUCAGAGAUGAGCAACCGGACCAUGGUCAUCUACUUCGACCGGGUUCUAGUAAACAUUGGGAGGAAUUUUGAUGAGGAGAGAAGUAAUUUCAUCGCGCCGCGCAAAGGGAUUUACAGUUUUAACUUCCACGUGGUGAAAGUCUACAACCGCCAAACUAUACAGGUGAGCCUGAUGCACAACGGCUGGCCAGUGAUUUCUGCAUUUGCUGGCGACCAGGAUGUGACGCGUGAGGCGGCCAGUAAUGGUGUUCUGAUCCAGAUGGAGAAGGGAGACAGGGCCUACCUCAAACUGGAGAGAGGAAACCUAAUGGGAGGAUGGAAAUACUCCACCUUCUCUGGCUUCCUGGUGUUCCCCAUGUAGAGAAGGAGAGGAAGAGGAGGAGGAGGAGCAGGGGUGGAAACGAAGGAGGAGGAGCUGGUGGUGGACAGAGAGCGUGACAACGAUUGGGUAAAGGAUGACAGAGGAAGAAGAGGGGCAUGAGAAAGAGAUGACGUGAAUAAGAUGGAGAUGGGAAAGAAGAAAAAGAAAAAAGGAAGGAAUGUGACAACAGACUCUGUUUGGGACGCUGCAGAGGGAGGAGGGAAGAGGAAGGAUGAGAGGUGUUAGAGAGAUGUAAGAGAACGACACAGAACGAUUGCACAAGGGUAAAAUGAAAGAGGAAUAAUGACGCCAGUACAUUAAAGUGUAUGGCCAGCUUCUUCACUUCCCUUCCUCCUUUCAUCCAUCCUUUCAUCCAUCCUCUCCUCCCUUUGUUUUCUCUGUGGCUUGACUGCAGCUUUGGACAGCCAAAACUUUUUUUAUUCUCUACUGAAAGACGCAAUUGAUCAUUUAUAUGUUCCAGAGUGUUCUAAAGCCCAAGUGUUACCUCCCCUCCCUUCCUCCACAAUCAUUCAUUCAGUCAUUAAUUCAUUGUCCUCAACAUACGCUUUGAAGAAUGUUUCUUGAGGAAUUGCUCUCCCAUUUACUGUGGUCAUAUGUGUAGUUUUUCUUUUUUUCUUUAAAAAAAAAAAAAAAAAUGCUAGACAUAAAUUGCACUGAUUUUGGAUCAGCCUCUACCCCAAAGCCAAACUACAAUUUUUAUAGGGGAAACAC